AUGUCUCACUCACACGUUGCAAGCGACAAAGUCGAUUCGUCGCACAUCGAAGACUCGAAACAACAAAUGGCGAGCCCGGCCAAAGAUGGUGAUGUGGAAGAAGUAGGUACAAUUUCACAGACACGAGAGACCAUUCAACAGGUAGGCCUCGUUGAGAGUCUGCGGAAGUACAAGUAUGCUUCCAUCAUUUGCAUGCUUGCCGCAGUGGGUUCUCUUUCGGAUGGUUACCAGGUUCAGAUGUCCGGCAGUAUCGUUGCACUUGCUGGAUUCAAGGAAACAUUUGGGGACUUGCAGCCUGAUGGCUCAUACGUUAUCGAUCCUCAGUAUCUCGCUCUGUGGGGUUCUCUGAAGAACGUGGCCGCAAUGGUUGGCGGAGGCAUUGGAUCUUACCCAGCUGACAAGUUUGGUCGCCGAUGGAUGAUCCUACUGGUCCAGAUCAUCAUGGUCGGUGGUUGCAUCCUUGAACAAUGUGCAUAUCAUUGGACACACUGGCUGGGAGCUCGCCUCCUUGAUGGCUUAUCUAUCGGUUUAGCCCAGUGCUGCAUCAACGUUUACAUCUCCGAAACCGCACCGACUCAGUCUCGCGGCUCGCUCAUGAGCUUGAUGCAACUCUUUUAUACAAUCGGAUCGUUCCUUUCAUCGGUUUCACUCAAUAUUGUAUCACAAGACGUGCCUGAGAACUGGAGACACGCUGUUCUCUCCCAAUUCGCUCUCUGCGGAGUUGCCAUAAUUGCAUGGGCGUUUUUACCAGAGUCAGCACGAUGGCACUGCGUCCACGGCCGAGAGGCAGAGUGCAAGAGAAUACUUCAGAAGCUCAACGGAAAGGUCGAGGGCUACGAUGUCGAAACUGAAUACAAGCACAUGUUGGUCGAGGUUGAACAUGCCAACGCAACUACAUCCAUACGCAGUGGUGGAACGUACGCUGACGUCUUCCGUGGCGUUAACAGACGUCGUUUGAUAGUCUCAUUUCUGCCAUGGCAUUGGCAAGUUGCCAUCGGCGUCCCGAUUGUCGGCACAUAUUCGAGUUACUUCUUCGAUAUGGCAGGGCUAUCCAAUCCCUUCCACGGAACAGUCGCAACGAACUGCGUUCAGAUUGCCAUGCUUCUUGCUGCCGUCCCUCUUAUCGAGCGUCUCGGGCGCAGGAAGCUGCUGCUAAGUUUCGCACCGGUUUGCAUUGGCUCACUCCUGAUCAUGGGCGGAGUCUUGAAAGCAGGUGGCCCCGCUGUUGGACCAGUUCUCAUCGCGUUUGCUUGUAUCUGGAACAUUGGCUUCAGCCUCAGCGCUGGUCCCAUGGGAUAUAUCUACGUCGCUGAGACCGCGACAACCCGUCUCAGAGCUAAAACGACAGGCAUUGCCAUCAUGGGCAUUCAAGCCAUGGCAACGGUGUACGUGUAUAUUGCACCAAUUAUGCUUAAUAGCCCGGCGCUCGGAAUGAGCAAUACUGUGUUCUUCUGGGUUGGGACAGGAACGCUAGUCUACAUCCUUGUCUUCUUUCUGGUACCGGAAACCAAGGGACGCACAUUUGCGGACCUUGAUGAGCUAUUUGAUCGCAAAAUCCCCGCCUGGAAGUUCGCCGAGACGAAAACACGACGACAGGAAGAGGGCUAUUAA